AUGCCUUCCAUCAACAGCCUUCUCACUAUGGCUGCCGCCGCAGGCUCUGCCAGCGCUGCGUUCCAGGGUUUCAACUACGGUUCUACCUUUACCGAUGGCAGCGUUAAGGCCCAGGCGGACUUCGAGAACGAGUUCAACACUGCAGCUGGCCUCGAGGGUACAGACGGUGCCUUCACCAGCGCUCGUCUCUACACAAUGAUUCAGGGCGGCACACCCAACCAGCCCAUCUCUGCUAUUCCUGCUGCCAUUAAGACAAAGACCAGUCUUCUCUUCGGUCUCUGGGCUUCUGGUGAUGGUUUUGCUAACGAGAUUGCCGCUCUGAAGAACACUGCUGAGCAGUACUGCGGUCAGCUCGAUGACCUUGUCGCUGGUAUCUCUGUCGGAAGUGAGGAUCUCUACCGCAUCUCACCCACUGGCAUUGCUGCCAAUGAGAACCCUGGUGCCAACCCUGAUGUUCUUGUCGAUUACAUCAAGCAGACUCGCGAAGCUAUCAAAGGCACUUGCCUGGAGUCCGUCCCCAUCGGUCACGUCGACACAUGGACCGCCUAUGCCAACGGAUCCAACAAUGCUGUGAUCGAGGCCUGCGACUGGCUCGGUAUGGAUGCUUAUCCUUACUUCGAGGAUACCAAGAACAACCCCAUCUCAGAGGGCGCAAACCUGUUCAAGUCUGCCUGGAACCAGGUCAAGGCCGCUGCCAAAGGAAAGGAGAUCUGGGUCACCGAGACCGGAUGGCCCGUCAGCGGAAAGACAGUUGGCAAGGGCGUUCCCUCAACUGAGAACGCCCGAACAUUCUACGAGGAUGUCGGCUGCCCCAUGUUUGGAGACAUCAACGUCUGGUGGUACACACUCCAAGACUCCAGCCCUACAACCCCCAACCCCAGCUUCGGCGUCAUCGGCUCCGAGUUAACUAAGAAGCCUCUGUAUGAUCUCAGCUGUGACGAGAAGAGCAAGAAGGGCACAUUGGUCAGCCGUAGCAACGACCAAUCUGGCAACGUUGAGCACCGCUUCGUGAGCCCUUCAUUCGCGACCCAGGACCAUAAGAACGAUACUGCUCCUGUUGUUCCCGUUGGAAGUGGCACUUCCACCACUCUCGUGCCCACUCCCUCUGCUACCUCCGGCAGUGGUGCUGGUUCAGCGGCUACUCCUGUGCCUGGCAACGGUGCUCAGCAGCUUAACUCCAUGGGAGCUGCUGCUGUCGCCAUUGUUCUUGCUGCUGCUAUGCUGUAA